CACCAUCGUAGUAUUUAGUACCAUUACCAUGACUGAUAAUAAGAAUUCAGCUCAGCAAUCAUCAUCAUCAACAGUUCCAUUCGAACUACUCACUACUAUGCUCUAUGAUCCAAAUCAAGAUCCAUCCUUACCACUUCUUGAACGACAUUUGAAUCGUUUAAGAAAUGCUCAUCAGUCCCUUGCAAUCCAAUUACCUCAAUCUUGGUGUGCAACUCAUGAACCAUGCGAACCCCAUUUGAUCCAGAAUAAGAUAUUGACCGUCGCUCAAGGUCCAAUAGCUCUUAGACUACGUGUGACCGUUGGACCGGACAAUCAAGUCACGAUCAUUUCUUCACCUUUUAUCACUCAAAGCAGACAUUCUCAACUUCCAAUCUCAGUGAUUGAUGAUCAACCUACCAAGUAUGAAACUCCAUUUUUGCUUUUCAAGACAACUCAAAGAGAUCUAUAUGAUUCAGUCCGAUCACGUCAUCAUGUCAGUUUGGUGAACGAUGGAAAACAGCCAUUUGAUGUUUUAAUGUAUAAUUCAGAUGGUCAACUUACCGAAUCUACUAUUGCAAAUGUAGCAGUUAAAAGACCGGAUAGUCAAACAUGGAUUACUCCUGCUACUUCUUGUGGAUUGUUACCUGGUGUGAAACGUGAAGAACUGUUAGAAAAAGGUGAAAUACAAGAGGGUAUCAUCAUGAUUUCUGAAUUGGCUUCGGGAACAUGGGAUGUGAUUUGUUUCAACGCUUUACGUGGUGUUUAUCCGGUUCAACUUCAACUUGGAACAAAUCUCUAAACCUAUCUCGAUUUAUGAAAGUUUAACGAUGGAGACUGGAAUUUAACGAUAAACAGAAUAUCUUUUCGAGUGUGAUGUUUUAUAGUGGAUUUCACAAAGCUUGCACAGCCUUCCUUUUCCUAUGACUCACCGAAAUGCACGCACGGAGACGUUUGGACAAAAAGGAAAAAAAUUAUUCACUUUCUUUGUUACUCUUCAUUGAAAUACCAGCAUCCCUUUGUAAAUCUCAGCACCCCUUUGUAAUUGUAAAAAAGUUAGCAAUCAUCUUUCUGCUCAGCGGUUAAAUUUGG